AUGAAAAACCUUAGAAUCCUCAACAUUGGCCAGGUGGCGCCAGAGUCCAGAACGUAUCCGGAUCUGGAGGUUGUGGACUCUGUCUUUGACGUCGUCUCCGAUUCCCUCACCAUUGUGAUGGGCUCUGAGGAGAGCCAGACAUUGGAGGUCCAGCAGUUCAUGAAGACGGGCCAGAUUAAUAUCCUGGCGUCUCUUCCCGUUCGUGAGUUUGACAAGAUGGUUUCCUUUGUUCAUUUCGCAGACAGCUGCCAGCUCGUGGUCAUCUUUGAACAGGGAGACAUCCUAAGUGCCGUUUACGACGCAGCCAGCCCUGAUCCCGACUCCACGGUCGUCGAGAUUGUUGGAUCUAUAGACAGCGGGAUCAAGUGUGCAAGAUGGUCACCUGAUGAGGAGACUCUUGCGGUUUUGACCGGGGAAAACAACCUGGUACUGCUAACAAGGACGUUUGAGCCAAUUGCUGAGAAAUACCUGAAUCCGAACGACGUAAACGCCAGCACGCAAGUAUCUGUUGGGUGGGGAAAGAAGGAGACGCAGUUUAAGGGCAAAGGUGCAAAACAGUUGGAAAGAGAGCGUCUGGCGCUGAAAAAUGCUGGAUUGAACAUCGACAGUGACAAUGCUAUAUUGCACGACCCUACCGUCGCAGAGGUGCAACACGGCCAUCUAUCGUCGUACGAGACUUAUAAAUGCUAUAUUUCAUGGCGUGGUGACAGCCAGUAUCUCUCUCUAAGCACCGUUGAGGAAAUCGAGCCGGGACACGAGCGCAGGGUGAUCCGUGUUUAUUCGCGCGACGGAGAGCUCGAUUCCUGUUCUGAGGCUGUUGACGGCCAGGAGGAGCCGCUGUCGUGGAAACCGCAGGGCUCUUUGAUUGCCUCGACGCGCCGUCGGUUCGAGGAGGAAAUAAAUGAGCAGGUGCUGGAAUUAAUUUUCUUCGAGAGAAACGGAUUGAGACACGGCGAAUUCAACACACGGCUAGAAGAAAACGCCAGAGUGUUGUCACUGGACUGGUCAUGCAACAGUGAGAUGCUUGCGUUCCGUCUUUCGGACCGUAUAUUGGUCUGGACGACCAAGAAUUACCAUUGGUACUUGAAGGAGGAAAUAUACACUGCUGCCGGCGAGGAGAUCCAAUUUAUGAAGUUCCAUCCGGAAAACCCGAUGAGACUCAUGUUUGGCUCAAAUAAGAGAAUAGAGAUUGUCGACAUGGCGUACUCGAUGGGUCUGGGCCCAACGUGUCCGCCUACAGACGUCGGCAUGGUUUUGGUAGCAGACGGAACAGAGUGCAAGAUCACGCCGUUGGGCAUGGCCAACGUUCCUCCGCCGGUCAGUCUGCGUGAAGUGUGGAUCGAGGAGAAUUUGGUGGAUGUUGCCAGCGCGCGUUCGAACUCGGUGUUUGCGCUUCUGAGCAACAACAGUGUGAGUUUUGCUACCGUGGACUUGGAAAAUAUAAUCAAGAGCAGCGAGCCCAAAUUGCGCAGCACCGUUACCAAGGGUGCCUUUGCAGGACCUCACGAUCGCCCACGACAAGUGUGUUGUGCCGGCGACAAUAUGGCGGCCGUGCUGUUUGACACGGCGCGGUGUUCGAAAAUCGCCAUUUUCGACGUCUCAAACACAGACGAGCCGCUUCUGGCCUCUGUGGUCGACGCAGGCCCGCCCAAGCCGGUCCUGAUGAAACCUACCGUCGACUUCGAGCAUCUCGCGUACGAGACGGCCGAUGGAUCCGUGUAUAUAUUUGACCUGGGCACGUUCGAGGCGUCCAAGAUCACGCAGUUCCCGCAGCUAUGCACGGACUUCUGGGUCACCGACGUUGACGGCACGCGUGUUUGUUUUGGUCUUUCGUCUACCGGAAAGCUGUACGUGAACUCUCUGCUGGCAUGUUCUGGAGUGACCUCGUUUUUGGUCACCGAGUCUCAUCUGUUAUACACCACGGCCAAACACCAGCUGAAAUUCGUCCAUCUGGACAGCAACAUCGACCAGCAGCCAUUUUCUGAGGACGAAGAUGACGAGAGAACGAGAAUGAUUGAACGUGGUGCUCUUUUGGUGACGGCUAUUCCGUCAAAAGCCAGCGUCGUGCUCCAGGCUCCGCGUGGCAACCUCGAGACGAUCCAUCCGCGGAUCAUGAUUCUGACGGAGGUCAGGCACUUUAUCAAGAAUAGAAAGUAUGCAGAGGCCUUUGUGGCGUGCCGCACGCACAGAAUUGCCCUCGAUAUCCUGCACGACUACGACUCUGAGCUGUUUUUCAACAACGUGGAACAUUUCAUCAAGGAGAUAAAACGGCCCGACUAUAUCGAGCUGUUCAUGUCAACGCUGCUCGAAGAGGACGUUGUUGAGACAAAGUACAAAGAAACAGAGAAAUCUGCCACGUCCGCUUUCGAGCAGCUGCGAGUGUCGAAUUAUGUCAAACCCCGGGGCAAGGAAAAAAUUAGUCGGAUUUGUGAGGCUCUUCUCGCAGUUUUGCUUACUCCGCCAUACAAGAGCAAGUACUUGCAGACAAUCAUCACCGCGUAUGCCUGCCAGCAUCCUCCAAAAACCACACAGGCUCUAGAAUUGAUUGGCACGUUCAAGAACGAGUCCGAGAUCGAGAAAACCGUGCAGCACCUGUGUUUCCUGUUGGAUGUGAACAUGCUAUACGAUGAGGCGCUGGGCAUCUAUAACGUGCCGCUCGCGCUGGUUAUAGCCCAGCAGUCGCAAAAAGACCCGAAGGAGUAUCUACCGUUCUUGCAGAAACUACAUGUGCAACCGGAGCUACGCAAAAAGUUCAUGAUCGACAGUUACCUCAAGAAAUACGAAAAGGCACUCGACUGGCUCGUCCAGAUCUCUCCAGAGGACUCGCCGGACAUCGACGCCGAGAUUGUCGAUUUCGUCAUCGAACACAGUCUCUACACGCACGCCCUCGGCUUGUACAGAUACAAAAAAGACAAGUUCGAUGCUAUUAUGAGAGCGUAUGCCGAUUAUUUGCACGAGAAUAGAGACUAUGCCGACGCAGCUCUGGCGUACGAGACAUUGUCGCAGAAACAAGAGGCUUUGGAGAACUACGUGCUGGCCAGAAAGUGGCAGCAGGCAGUCACUUUGGCUAUCCAUGAUAAACAGCUACUAACAGACACUUGCACCCGUUUGGUCUCCUUGCUCACUGAUAAUCACGAAUACUCGGCUGCAGCCUAUCUGGAGCUCAAAUUUCUUGAUAAUAUUGAGGAGGCGCUCAAAUUGUACUGCAAAAACCACCAGUAUGAGCAGGCCAUCAUGCUGUGCUACCAAGAAAAUAAAAAACAGCUGGUGGAGUCCGUGGUGGACCCGGCUCUUGGCGAGGGUUUUGGUGUGAUUGCGGAGCUGCUUGCAGACUGCAAGGGCCAGAUCAACUCGCAAUUGAGCAGACUCAGAGAGCUGCGUUCGAAAAAACAGGAGGACCCGUAUGCCUACUACGGUGAGAUGGGAGAGGCUGAUGCUCCGGACAACGUGUCGAUAGCUGCCUCUGAGACCUCCACCAGAGAGUCCUUCUUCACCAGAUACACAGGAAAGACGCAGGGAACGGCCAAAACAGGAGCUUCCCGGAGAACAGCCAAGAACAGAAGAAGAGAGGAGCGGAAAAAGGCCAGGGGAAAGAAGGGAACCAUUUACGAAGAGGAGUAUCUGGUCAAUUCUAUUGGCAGGCUGGUGGAAAGGCUGAACCAGACCGAACCUGAGGCUUUGAGACUGAUAGAGGGUCUCGUGAGACGGUCAAUGAUGGCCCAGGCGUACGAGAUCCAGAAAAACUUUGUCGAGGUCAGAGAGCUGCUGAAGUUACACAUUCAGGAAAUCUACAACAUCAGCGAGAAGGACCGUGAACGGGUUGACGACAACGGCAUGGUGUAUCUUGUUCCUGAGAUCCCAGUGCCGGAAAUCAAGAGUUUUCCAAAGCGGAAGCUCUUGGACUACUAA